ACAAAUCCUCGACAAAUAUUCCUUUCCUCCGUUGACAAAAAGCUCACUCUCAGUCUCACUCACCCAGACAUUUUCCCCUUGUAAUAGUGACGGAAAAACCGAUGCAAUGAGCAAUUAGCAAAUGGCAGUGGCAACACCCAGUAAUUCUUCCCCCCAAAAGAGCCGUUACGCCUUCAUCGCUAUCCUAUUCAUCACCCUCUUCCUCUUCACCAUUUUCGUCUUCACCAAACGAGCCCUUGAGCCCUCUCUCUUUCUCUACAAGGACUACUUUACCCAAAUCCCCUCUUCUUCUUCUUCUUCUCCUUCCCCUUCUCCUUCUUCAACUAACAAUUCCCAAAUCUCUUUGUCCCAAUCCACCUCUGCACCUACAGUAGACCCACCUUCUUCCUUGCUCCAAUCCACCUCUGCACAACCAACCCAGGGACCCAGUUCACGAAGUGAGUUCAGCGAUGAAAAUGUGCAAGACCCAGAUCUUGAAAAUCAAAAUGUGCAAAACCCAGAUCGUGAAAAUGAAAAUGUGGAAGACCCAGACCUGAAGGACUCCAAUGACCAAAAUGGUGGUGAAAAUGAGAACCCAGAUGGUGAAAUGGGUGAAAUACCGUGUGAUUUGUACGUGGGAAGUUGGGUGAGAGAUGAGCAAUACCCGCUUUACAAACCGGGUUCAUGCCCUUAUGUUGAUGAAGCUUUUGAUUGCCAGAGCAAUGGGAGGAGAGACUCUGAGUAUCUCAAAUGGCGGUGGAAACCUGACGGCUGUGAUCUUCCAAGGUUUAAUGCAACAGAUUUUUUGGUGAGGCUACGGGGUAAAAGGUUGAUGCUCAUAGGAGAUUCCAUGAAUCGGAACCAGUUUGAGUCAAUAUUAUGCCUCCUCCGAGAAGGCUUACAUAAUAAGAGCAGAAUGUAUGAGGUCCAUGGCCACAAGAUAUCCAAGGGAAGAGGCUAUUUUGUUUUCAAAUUCCAGGACUAUGACUGUACGGUGGAAUUUGUGAGGUCACAUUUCCUUGUGAAAGAAGGAGUCCGCUUUAAUGCUCAAGGGAAUUCAAAUCCAACUCUAUCAAUGGAUCAAAUUGACAAGACAGCUAAACGUUGGAAGAAGGCUGACAUUCUUGUCUUUAAUACUGGCCACUGGUGGACUCAUGGAAAGACUGCUCGUGGGAAAAACUACUACAAAGAAGGAGAUUAUCUCUAUCCAAAAUUUGAUGCAUCUGAGGCCUAUAGACGGGCCCUGAAGACCUGGGCUAGCUGGGUUGAGCUUAAUGUGAAUCCAAAAAAGCAGUUGAUCUUCUAUCGUGGGUACUCUUCUUCACAUUUCAGAGGUGGAGAUUGGGAUUCAGGUGGGUCAUGCAAUGGUGAAAAAAAACCAGCCUUCUCUGGGGCCAUACUGGAUAGCUACCCUUUGAAAAUGAAGAUAGUGGAUGAAGUAAUCAAAGAAAUGAAGGUUCCAGUGAAAGUAUUGAAUGUGACAAGGUUGACCAAUUUCCGCAAAGAUGGCCAUCCAUCAAUCUACGGUAAGAAAGGUUCCACCAGGAAGCAAGACUGCAGCCAUUGGUGUGUUCCUGGAGUCCCUGAUGCAUGGAAUGAGCUAAUCUAUGCCACUCUGGUUUUUCAGCAGACCAAAUCAAAGAGUACAGUUUCAUAGGCGCUUUUUCUUUUUGUUCGAGACACGUAUAGCUUGGAUUUAUCAAAAUUUACUGAUUGUCCAGAUAAACCACAGAAUAUAUCCAUGCACUUUUUAAGAAGA